AUGCUAUUGAUAAAUUUGAGAAUUGGAAAAUUGAAAUUUUCAAAGUUUAAAAUUACACUACUCAUACAAAAUACUAAAAUUUAUGACGUAGAUUAUAGAUUAGAGAUUGUUAAAAGAAUUUUAUUUCAGGCUGAAGCGGAAGUAGCAGCGCUAAAUCGUCGGAUUGUGCUUGUUGAGGAGGAUUUAGAGCGGACAGAGGAUCGUUUAAAAAGUGCUACAGAAAAAUUAGAGGAAGCAUCAAAAGCAGCUGAUGAAGCUGAACGUGCUCGUAAAUCGAUGGAAACACGAUCACAACAAGAUGAAGAACGAGCUAAUGUAUUGGAAAUACAAGUUGAUGAGGCAAAAAUGAUUGCUGAUGAAGCAGAUCGAAAAUAUGAAGAGGUUAUAUCAUUUCUUGUUGUUCCAUUGGAAAAUCGUAUUGAUGUGGAUCACGAUCGUUGCGGUGAGUUGGAACAAAAAUUACGUGAAGCUCAAGCAUUACUGGCUGAAACAGAAAAUAAAUCAGAUGAGGUUGUGCUUUUACCCAUUUUUUUUUUACCCAUUUUCCAUACUUGUUAA